AUGGACGACGACGUAUCUCCAUCUGGCUUCAUGCUACUUUUUUCUGCGCUGGUCGUCGCUCUCUUCAUCGCCACCCUGGUGGUGGCCGCCUACAAGUUCCUACGUCUGCUUCGCCGACUCUUCAACACCGGCACCAAAGCGAUCUCGAGGAUCUACACCUAUCUCUAUAUCUGGGUACAUGGGGGACGCGCGCUUGACGAUACGGAGGCGGGCCUCCAAAGCCACACAGGGUACCGCGUUCGGCCCCGACGAAACGUCGAUAGGCCACGUCUUCCUGUUGUCGUAGGUCCACCACUGGAAGCGUCUCCGGUUGCCAUCGCCGCCACGUUCCCAGCCACCACCCAACAUGUCCCGACCGUCUCAUCCAUCAUCGAACCUCCCUCGUGCCCCGAGCAGAGUGCACAAUCGAUCGCUGCGCCUAAAGAACCCAAUGAACCACCAUAUAUCACGCAUCACAACACGGCCCUCAAGAUGAAACUCGCCCCUCAUGCUCCCGUCAGCUUCGAACACGCCGUCAACUACUACCAAUCAAGCGGACUCGUGGCAAUCCCAGCGCCCCCUUUUAAUCCGGAGAACGCCUGGGCGCUGCCAGCGCGCAAGGGUGAUACAUACGCUCAUCACGUUCACGGAGAGGCGCUGCAGGUCCAGGUCUGGUACCGAGACGACCCGGCGACGCCUUGGAACGUGGCCGCGGAAAAGUUGCACGAGCAGCGCUUUCCGGAUAUAGGCCAAGUUCAGUACAAGACGGCGAAGCGCUAUAUGGCGAAUGAUCAGAGACGGGUGUCUGAUAUUAUCACGGGGAUGAUGAUGAUGGCUGCUACGUUUGUUGGAGGGGGUGGUGGACAGGCGGCUGGGGAGGGCUUGGAGGGAUGA